UAUGCUUCAUCAUCUCUCAAAAUAUAGAUUCACUCUAAACAAAGUUGCUAACUUGGAUUCUAUCAAGGUGUUCAUUAAAGAUCUUAAAGAUGUUGCCUCUAUUGUUCCCUCAAAAUUAGAUGAAACUGAAGUGUAGCUCUCUCUAUAAAUUCAUGCUCUAGAUAAAAGUUGGAAAAUAGUAUGAUACUAUUAUUAUUCUUUUUUAGAGUUCAAAGUCUUUGGCUAAAGAAUACAAAUUUGAAACAUUCAAAUAAGCAUUUGUAUUUAUGAAUACUGUUUCACACAUGGCUGAUUAAAUGAAUCGUAAUUUUGAAUUUUUAAUUAGAUUAUCCAAAAUGGAUUAAUGUUUAUAAUAAACUAAAUGUAGAAAUAACCACUUAAGAUGUGAGUGGUAUUUCAAUAAAGGAUGUUCUUUUGGCUCAUCUAAUGGAAUCUGCAUAUAAAGAUGUUAAAGAAUAGAAUAUAGAAAGUAUUGGUGAAAUUGGAAAGGUGUCAUCUUCUUUAUUAUUAUAAAAUUGGAAUACAAAUUACACUUAAUAUUAGGAGAUUUUGAAAAAAAAUGUUCACAAACUCUGAAA